AUAAACAACAUGUGAAAUAUACGAGCAUCAUUAAAGCUUUAUCCUCCGUCUUAAAAAAUAAUUUAACAGAAGGAAUACAACGGAGUGGUUUGAGAUUCCCAAAAGCCUUCAAACCGGGAACCAAAAUGCUGAAGAGUCAGACGACAAUGAGCUCAUUGAAAGCGUCCUCUAGCGAGAUGGUGCAGGAACUUCUACGCUUGAUCUCGAAGCCUCGUUUUAAACGCGAAGACCACGAGAUCAACUUCGUGUUGCCAUGGUUAUGCAAAAGGAGCCAACUGCUGCAGAAAGUAGAGAAAAACGUCCUGAUAGACAUCGUGAGGAACUGCGCACUGGUAAGAAGCUUCGAAGAUGACGUCAUUAUUAAGCAAGGAGAGAGGGGCGAUAGUUUCUACAUCAUCCUAAGGGGUUCGGUCAGCGUGUUUAUUGACCCUAAGAUGACGGGAGAAGGCGUGGAUGAAUCCACCGCUAGAGCGUCUGCGGCAGCAAAACGGAAGUCGGUAAAAAAGCUCCCCAAAGCUCCUGAAUCGGAAGUCUCGAUUCUGAGCGGGAUGGAAAAGGCGUCAGUGACGUCAGUAGAGGUGCAUGACGUAACCUUACAUAAAACAGAGGCGAAAUAUGUGUCAGACCAAGAGGAUGCCGACACUGACUCGGAAAUGACGAAGAAACCGACGAAAUUGCUGGCGCCUCUAGAUCGAAAUAAAUUCGGAAAAUUUAUAAUGAAAUACGGCCAGGGUGGAGCUUUUGGCGAGUUGGCCCUCGUGAACAAGGACACGUUUCGUAACGCCACCGUGGUCACGGAUGAAGACACGGAUCUCAUGGUGAUCGACCAGGAACUCUUCGACAGGUCGUUAAAGGCGGAGCAAGAGGCAAAAUACGCGGAGAUCCGGGAAUUCAUCGAAACGAAUUCUUUUUUCAAAGACAUGAACGUGAAGUUGAAGAAGCUGCUAGAAAUGAGCAUCAGGAAGGAACGCUACAUUUUCGACACUAACAUUGUACGCCAGGGUGACCCUGUCGAGGGGUUGCAUUUUAUUAUCAGCGGAAGUGCCAACAUCAUCAUCCAGCCUAAGAAGCAUCCGGGCCAGUACCCGCAACUAUGGCCCUUCGAGGCGGGCGUCGACCAGAUAGCCAUGGAGUUCGAGCAUCUCCGCGAAGCGCGUCGCGCUGCGAUCCUCCGGAAGUACGAGGAUCCGUCCGUGUGGGACACGAAACCGGAAGACCUGGUGAUCCGCAGAGAGCAGGGGUACGCCGCCAUCGAGAAGCACAUGAAGGAGAGCCACAUAAAUCUGUGUUCUGUGCAGAGCAAGGAGGUGCUGGGGGAUAUCGAGACUCUCUGUAAUCUGGGGACGUACGUUCAGACGGUCCGAUGUACGGCCGACACGCAAUGCUUCGUGCUCGAUACGAAGAACUUCGAGCGCCUAGUUUCCAACCGCAAGGCGAAUCCGAUAACCAUGGAUAUCAUGCGCGUGCACGUCAAGAACAAGCUGCGCAUGCGCAUGCAGAUGAAGCAGGCUGACCUUAUUCCGUUGCUUGGAUACAUGCACCAUAAAAUCACCGAGCAAAUGCUGCCGCAGACGAAAAAGGUGGAACCAUUUAAAACAUCGAAGUCCGUACCGGAUGUGGAGGAGGAGAUGCAGCACCUGCUUCAGUACUUCCGGGAGGGAAAGGAAGUCAUGCUUCUCAAACCAAUUGUGCCUGGCGUCGUCUACUACCGGGAGCUUAUGCACGAGAAGGCCAAAAUCAGGGAGCAACAGAAGAAGGCAUCUGGCAACGCUGACCCGCCGACAAGACGCAGAGUGAUCAAGACGCAAAACAACCGGAAGCCGCGAAGUAUCGCGCAAAUUCGCGAAUCCCUGCAGCAGAUGAUGGAGGCGGAAGUGAUAGAAAUGGAAACGAAGAAAUUUAAGAAGAGAACCCCCAAACCUCAAAAGGCUAAUAGCAGCGAUCAACAGCUCAGCGUUAGAACCGUGCCCUCUAAUACUCCGCGAACUUUAGUGAGUUCUUACAGUAAUGUUUCCGAAUCCCAAGCUUCGGUAAAACCAGGACUUAUCGCUUUAAUGCAGGCAGUGCGCAAAGCCGACACGGCUUCGGAGACGAGCGAAACAUCGUCUAUCGAUUUACCAAAACAUCUCACAGAGUUUAGAAACGAAAACAAUAGUAACGGAAAGUCAAGCCACGUAGCCAGUGCUCAUAAACCCGUCCCUCCAGUUUUUGUGACCGAGCUCUCGACCCAUGAGAUUAAGCUGCCGGCAAUCCGCGAGGAGAAAACGCAAGAAGAGAUAAUACUCCGUGAAGGCAGUGCUAGUAAAAUACUCUCCGAACGAACGCCUGAUAACAUGACAACGACACACCAUAGAGAGAAAAAUAAUAACAGUAAAGCUUCAACUAAAGGUACCAAACAUGCGAAGUCCAAAACCCACACAAGCGCGGACAAUAAAGACAAUGCGCCCAUUGAAGGAACAUUCGACAUCUCCGAGGCUUCGACGUUUUCGAAAGAAAACGUUCCUAGCCUUCCGGCACUCGAUGGUUCCCAGCUAAGCUUUAAUCAUGGCCAGGAAUCAGCGAGGACGGAAGAUACCAGUGGAAGCAACGUAUCUCUGAACUGGAAGACCGCCAUUAAGUUUGUGAACCAGAGGGUACAGGACAGGCUGACGAAGGCAUUACUGGAGGAAGAAACGCCAUACAAGGAUUUCUUGACGAGCGAACCGUCUUUGAAACUGCUCGAGAACCGGAUACAAGCGUUCCACAUCAAAUACGGAAUGGGACAUAAAACGAAAAACCUACCGCCCCUGAAACGAUACAAGCUCGACGUAAGAUUUCGUACAAUAAUUAUGUGUAGCUCUGGGAAAAUGGCACUUAAUGCAUUUUCGCCAAGAGUCGCCUCAGAUUAGUAUAUGCAGUCUGCACCGGAUAAUCAGGGACGAACCUUUCCGCUUUUUUGGAAUUUUUUGUUAAAUGGAAGUGUCUUCUUAGCGAAAAUCCAGUUAUUACGGAGAGUGUCGUCCCUGAUCAGUAUGUAUAGAUUGCACUGGCUAAUCUGGCACGACACUUUAAGGGCAUGUAUUUAAGCAUGUUUUGAUUUAUUCCUCUCCGAAAACAACGUUCGCAGCCCGUAUGUGUCUUGAUUGUCCGACAAAAAAUAUACUAUUGUUCCACCCUUCAAUCU